CUGGAAAAAUGAGCAACAUUUACAUCCAGGAGCCGCCCACCUCGGGCAAGGUCCUUCUGAAGACCACCGUGGGCGACAUAGACAUCGAGUUGUGGGCGCGGGAGUGUCCAAAGGCUUGCAGGAACUUCGUGCAGCUCUGCAUGGAGGGAUACUACAAGAACACCGAGUUCCACCGGCUGGUCAAGGGCUUCAUUGUCCAGGGAGGCGAUCCAAAUGGCGAUGGCACCGGCGGCGAGUCGAUCUACGGACAGCCCUUCAAGGACGAGUUCCACUCGCGACUGCGGUACACGCGUCGCGGUCUCGUGGGAAUGGCCAACUCCGGCAAGGAUGACAACGCCUCGCAGUUCUUCUUCACAUUCGCACCCACGCCCGAGUUGCAGAAUAAGAAUACGCUAUUUGGGAAGAUCACCGGCGACACCAUAUUCAACAUGCUCAAGCUCGAGGAGGGAAUCGUUGAUCACCAGGAGCGACCAAUGCACCCGCAUCGCAUCGUUUCCACAGAGGUCCUCUCGAAUCCGUUCGAUGAUAUUGUGCCACGCAUUUUGGCCAAACCGUCCUCCAAAAGCAAAAAGAGCAAGAAGGAACGCCAAGGAGUCAAGAACUUUGGCCUGCUUUCCUUUGGCGAAGAAGCCGAGGGCGAUGAGGAGGAGACCAACGUUUACGUAAAACAGAACGCCGGUAAAGCUAAAUCCUUGCACGACGUCGUAGAUGAUCCCAAACUAAGCAAGGAACCCAUAAGCGUACCCAAAUCACAAACUACCGAAAUCGAGGAUCCCCUGUCCGACGAUUGCCCUGAAAAUAAUGACAAGGAGAAACCUUCAACUGCCAGCUCAGAUCUCGUCAAAAUGAAACUGUCCAAAAGUUCAAAGGGUCGAUCGGAGAAGAAAUCGAAGCCGGUUGUAGAAAAGUCUGAUUCUGAGGACGAAGAGGAUGUUCUGAUGACGCGCGAGCAAGAACAAAGUCGGAAAGUCUCAGAGGAAAAAUUAAAGAUCCGAGAAGAAAUUGCUUCUCUCAAGAAGCAAUAUCAAAUGGACAAGCAGAUCAAAGAUAAACUAGUUUCGAAUGGACAGGAAAAGCCAGCGAAAUCGUCUGAGUUGAAGGGUUCUAGUGAAAAUCAUUACAUAAACGAUUUUAUUGAGUCCAAGGAGAAGUAUACCGCCAAAGUCAAACUUCAGCCAAAAGGACAGUCAAGGGAGGCUUUUACACUGAGUUUACUCUCCAAGUUCCGCACCAAAUUGGACAACUUGAAGCAAAAGACAACCUCGGAUGAUGGCGAGCCGGAACCCAAGGAAUUGGACGAUCGUUCUGUGGAGCAGGAAAUAAUCGGCGACGACUGGCUGUCGCACACCUUAAACUUCAACAGCACGGCUCCCGUUUUGGCUAAAGAUGCCAAUAAAAAGGGCGACGAUUGGUACGAUGCCUAUGAUCCGCGAAAUCCUCUUAACAAACGCAAGCGGGGUGAAACUGGUUCGAGUUCGGGAAAGUCAAAAGCGAGUAAACGUGACUUUUAAGCAAA